AUGUCCAAAGUGCUCAUCUACAGCGGACCCGGUGUAGCAUCCUCGGCGCUCCUGCACACGCUAGGUACGUUGAAGAGGUUGCUACCCACGUACGACGUCCAGCUCGUCAGUGCCCAAUCGCUGGCUCUAGAACCUUGGGAAGGCGAUGCUGCGCUGCUUGUCCUGCCUGGCGGCCGAGACCUGCCUUAUGUCGCGGAGCUGGGCAAGUUCAGGAGCAUCGUCAGCGCUGGCAGCAGCGGGAGCGCAUCGACCUCGAGCGCCUCUUCCACAACAUCCCCUCCACCACAGCGAGCUGACGAGCGAAUCAGAGCAUACAUAGAGCAAGGCGGAUCUUUUCUUGGGAUAUGCGCGGGAGCCUACUACUCUUCUGCCGUGUGUCGCUUCCAACCUGGAACAGACAUGGAAGUGGUCGGCGAUCGGCCCGCUCUGCAAUGCUUCCCAGGGACUUGCGCUGGUACUGCCUACGACGGCUUCGUCUACGAAAGCGAUGCAGGCGCCAGGCUGACCAAGCUCGACGUCGAAGCUUCGCAGCACGGCUCAAGAGACAAUCACCUCGCAAGCAGGGCUGACAGCUGGACAUGCGCAUACAACGGCGGAGGCGCGUUUCUCCUUCCAGAGGAUGGCAAGGCGACUGUGGAUGGAAGGCAGGUGCGAGUCAUUGCUCGGUAUCCUGCCCUACAAGCAAGAGAUGGCAUCAAGCCGCAGUUUGCAGGUCAACCAGCAGUGGUCAGCGUUGAUGUCAGCAGAUCAUCAAGUGAGACGUCAAAGAGCGGUGGAAGGGCACUGCUCUUCGGCACGCAUCCAGAAUUUCCCAUACACGCCCACUCGAGAACGAUCACGCAAGCGGCAGGAUCUGAUGCUACGGAAGGAGCGGCCAAGCAUGGGGCGGGAGGCUUGACAGCGGCUUCCCUUUCUUACCUUGAGAAUGAGCGUUUGCGACUCUUUGCAUCGACGCUGCACACUGAGCUCGGCCUCGAGGUGGACCUCCCGGCUUUUGUAGCUCCUCCAGACGAGUCUCGACCUACAGCAGGCGCAGCAUCUGCGAACCCAUCUGCGUCGGCACUCGACACCAAUCGGAUUCGCCUUACACCGUUGUUCGCAAUGUCGAACAUGCCUGGUCUGAUUGGCAACUGCUUAGCGCUUCUGCAUACCCAAGAUGCCGAUGCAACACCAGCGCAGCAGACCGAUCUUCCUCACCUGCUCUCGCCUGAUCUGCUGGACGAGUCGUUCCCCACACCUGGGCUAGUCUCGGACUCACACUUCUUCUCCAAUGCAGACAGCAACGACUUGCUGCACUACUACUCUGCGCCUGCAGUAUCGCACGUCGUCAAACGGGCAUUGCGAGAGGCCGACUAUAGCCCUUAUGAAGAAGAAGUGCAGGUCCAGGCUUCUGGUGUGGAUGCCGAGACUGCUGGCAGAGUGGAGACUAGCAGGGAGGUGAACCUACACAAGGUGCCUAAAUACAUUCUCAUAUUUCCCGGAUCUCCUCUCGCAGCUCCAGGCUCGCUAGCAGCAACCUCUUUUCUUCCCGAUCCAAAGACUCUGACCCCUCACUUUGACAUGGCAGAAUAUUUCAGAUGCCUGGAGGUAUCCCGAUCAAGGAUAUUGGAUCCGACAGUAAGCUCACUCGCUCAACUGAGACCAAAAACUUCGGGAUUUGGCGGAUGGCCUGCAUCAGAGAGCGAGGAAAGGCUGGGGCAUUCGAUCUUGUACGGAGAGGUCGUUACAAGCACUCAGACCUUGCUCGAAAAAAAUGCGCACCUCCUGGCUCAUUCGCCGCUUGGAGCUACGGUGUUUGCGACACACCAGGUAGCUGGGCGAGGUCGAGGGAAGAAUGCGUGGAUCAGCCCCCUGGGUUGCCUGCAAUUCAGUACCGUGCUUCUCCUACCUCAAUCGAGCGCCAGAGGGGUGGUAUUCAUCCAGUACCUGGCAGCGCUGGCCAUCGUCGAGUCCGUCAGAUCAGGUGCUCUGGGCCCAGACUACGCGAAGCACCUGGGCCCCAAAUUGAGGGUCAAGUGGCCGAACGAUGUGUACGCGGACGUAGGGCAAUCUCGGAGCGAAGAAGAUGCAAAGCCUCGAACCGGUACCUUCGUUCACAACGGGCGCAACUAUGCAAAGCUUGCCGGCAUCCUUGUCAACAGCCAAUUUGCCGGCAAAGACUUCCAGCUGGUACUGGGCUGCGGCAUCAAUUGUCUCAAUGCUCGACCGACCACCUCUCUGUCCGAUUUGAUCGCCAAUCACAACUCUCGCCUGUCCGCUGGUGAAGCCGCGUUGGAACCCAUCUCCCAGGAAAAGCUGGCAGGCGCCGUGCUCGCCACGUUGGAGAAGCUUUGGAGGGUUUUUGCCGGAGGCGGCGGCUCCUUUGAGCCGUUCGUACCUCUGUACGAGCAGGUUCCUCGAGAUGCCCACAAAGCCGAAGCAGCCGAUCAAGAAACCACCUUAUACGACCGCGAGCCGCCACAACGAGCGCGCAUCGUGGGCAUAGCAGCCGAUCACGGUACCCUUCGCGCGGUGCCGGUGGAAUCAAAGCUGACCUCCACUAGCCCGGGAGCUUGGGGCAACGCAGGAGGCGGUAUCGCCGGAGAGCCUUGGAUCGAUCUGCAGCCUGAUGGCAACAGUUUCGAUAUGAUCAAGAAUCUCAUCAGAACCAAGACUUGA